AUGACCAAGACCAUCGACGACAACAUGAACCAAGAUACGAGUACCACAACCGCCAUGACCACAACCACCACUCGUAAAAGAAGAGCAGCCUGUGAUGAUUACGACAACGACUCCUCCAACAACCAUACCUCCACAGGCUCUCUCAACAACCUCAGCCCCAACGCAACCAACAACGAAGAAACCAGCCACCAACCCUUCAAACGCCCUCGUCUCCCCUCCCCCUUCACCAGACAAGCUGAGCGGUUUGAAGAGGCCUUAAACAGAGAAAUUGAAGACCAGGAAGAUGCCCUCCGCAUGAACGAGUACCGGAUGCUUGCGGUGCGGGCCUUGGAGAACGAAGCACAUGAUAGAGCGUUUAGGGAUGCUAUGGACGUGAGCUCGACUUAUCAGCAGCACCAGCAGUAUACCUCCACACAGAAUCCAUCUGUUGCUGCUGCUGCUACUGCUGUUGAUGAGGACAUGGACAUGGAUGUCGACGGUGACGAUUAUCAUAACCCUCAACUUGAGGAUCAUAACGGGAAUGGAGGAGGUGAAGAAGGACAAAUGGUAGCACCCACAGUCCAGGAGACAACACCACAAUCAACCAUCCCAACCCAAAGCGGCUGCCUAACCAGCAGCCUCAUCGGCCUCGACAGCAACAACAAUUUCACCCCCAUUUCCAAUCCUUACCCCAUCCCCGCCCCCAGAACUAGACCAAGCAACAACAACAACAGCAAUCUCGACUUCACCAUCUUCGAAGACAUCAUCAUCCCAGACAGAGGGGGUCUACUAUCCUUCUCUCCACGCCCUAACCGAGUAGCCUCAAUGCUGCCCGGUUACCUUCAUUAUCCCUACACCAACAAUAACCAUCAUCAUCACAAUGAUAACCAAGAAGUACGUGCCUAUAACCAAGACUGGGACUCAGAUAAAGAGAACAUCAAUAGUAAUAUUGUUGCUGGGACCCUCCACGAUCCGGUGGGAAUGAUCACUGAGACUGAGGCUGAGAGUUUUUCGCAGGUUGUUGAUCGUUCAUAUCAUGAUCAUUAUGAUGCUGAUGCUGAUGAAGAUGAGAUGAGACUCGAUUAUGAUGAAGGUAGUCCUGCUGGUGCUGGUGCGGCUGGUGGAGGUGGAGGUGAAAGUGGAAGAUGGGGUUCUGGGGUUCCUACUUGGAGAGUCGAGUCGGAGUCAGAGUAUGCUGAUACGGAGGUGGAUCCUGAUGAUUUGGGACUGGGGGUGCAUGAUUACGCGAAUCGGAGGAGGAGAAGGUAUCAUCGUUUGAGAUGGCAGUCGCGGGUUUUGGGCUCUCAGGAUAGGGGGUCGGUGGCGUUGAAUAGUAGCAAUGUGCUGGUGCCGAGGAUGCUUGGGGAGGGGGUGCAGGGUGAUGGUGCUGGUGGUAUUGCUGGGCGUGGAAGGCGCGGGCCGAGAAGGUUGUAA